UUGUUUCUCCAGUUUUAUUUUGGAGAACUAUUUUCUCAGAACGUUUUGAAAAAAUUGUCAACUUAAAUGAAAAUCAGUCGCAAACAUAAAAUUUUGAAUACCAACGACUUUUUUUUGACUUAUCUGGAAACCCUUUAGGAAGGAAUGGAAAAUAGAACUUUCAAGAACAAUGAAUCUCUUGCUUAUUCUGCAACAACGUCGUCAGAACUAGAAAACGGUUUUCGAGUAAUGGAUUAUCCAGGAAUCUCUGAUUCAUCCGUUCAAUCCGAAACACCUACAUUUCGCCCAAAUCAAUUGAAUAAAUUAAUGUACAAUGCUUCAAAAUCUACAUCACGUGAAAUUAACCACAUGAAACGUCCUUUGCCCAAUAAAAUUCUCCCAACAAAUCUUUCCAAACUCUCCGAACUACCUGAAGAAGGAAAAGACAGUUCAAUUCCAAUGGAGGAAAAGACCCUGCUUGAAAUUGGAUUUAAACCAAAUAAGAUUGACGACUGGGAUGGAAUUGAGCAACCAAAAAAACAGAAUCUCUAUGGGUUACUUAAAAAUAUGAUUGAUAACUACAUCAAAACAAACGUUCAAAUACAAAUUGGAGAAGCUACUUUUAACUGCCAUAUGAUGGUUUUGCAAUGUUAUUCUGAAUUCUUCAUGGAAUGCAGCAAUGAGGCAAUUGUAAAAAUUCCACCUGAAAGGAUCACUCCCCAAGCAUUCAUGAUGGUAUACGAUUGGAUGUUAUCCAUUGAACCGUCAGUGCAACGAGAGGGCAUUCUGGAACUUUUUAAUGCUGCAAACUUUUUGAAAAUUAAAGGUCUAGUUGACCAGUGUUGGGUGUGUCUGGACGAUGAUAUUAGAUUUCAGGAAGACACUGCGUUUCUUUUGUAUCUGGAUUCACGGAACUACGGUUUGGAUAUGUUGCAACAGCUUAUGUUGCCGAGGAUAUGUAGGUUCUUUCUUACUUUAGUCGCGUCGAAGGAUUUUUUACUUCUUAGUGCUAAAGAAGUUUGCACUCUCCUAAGCUCAAACUACAUUGGAGUAAAUUCAGAAAUUGAGAUCCUUAUGUCAGCUGUGCGAUGGCUUAACUACAAUUGGAAAGACCGUCAAUGUCAUAUGCUUGAUGUUAUCAACUGUGUUAGAUUUGGCCUGAUGCCUCCGUGGAUUCUGGUUGCUUUGGGACGUGACAUUGAUUGUGAAGAUGUUCAGAAAGUAAUCCACAAUCCAAUAGUUAAGAAAAUGAUUGGAGAUGGACUUUCUUAUGCAACAACACAGUUGUAUCAUUCCAACAAUGUCGAUAGUUUUCUGGCAUUCAUGGAGCGUUAUAAACUCACCAAACCCAUUCAAAGACAAUGGAUCUGCGACCAGGAAUGUGGAUUUCAUCAUAAAACAGAUUGUCCCAAUAGACUUUACAUAACUUAUAAGUCAUUUCUAGAGUAUUUGGAAAUGAUUCGGACCAAGGGCAAGGACCAUUGGAAAACAUUGCACAUGGAACAACAAGAUAAUCUAAAUUUUCAAUGCUGUCUUCCAAAGACUGUUAUUAAUUCUAAUGGCCAAUAUUUUAUACAGCCUUAAAAUAGUUGGCAAUAUCGAAAUCAAAAAAAAUUUUCUACAAAAUAAAAAUAAUAUAAUUUACAAAUAAACUUUCGAACGUAA